AUGAAUCCGGCCGCUGCUGUCCCUGCUGCUGGCAGUCAUAUACCCCAGGUCCGCCCGGCCUCUCCAGGUCCUCAGCACUCUGAUUUUGUCCGCCAGCAAGUCGCGAGACAUCGAAACAAUAAUUAUCAUUCAUCUUCACUCAAAAUGGUCGCCUCAUCUGUCAAUCGUACUGCCCUCCACCCUGGUGGUGUCCAGCCGGGCAAGGGUCACACUGAACUCGAGGAGGAACUCCACGAGACCGCGCACAUUGACUAUGACCGUGUCGCUAUUAUUGCCAACCCCUCCGUCGCCGCCCUCUACGAGGAUGCCCUUGUCUACGAGACCGGUAGUGCCAUCACAUCCAGCGGUGCUCUGACCGCAUACUCUGGUGCCAAAACUGGCCGUUCGCCCUCCGACAAGCGUAUCGUCCGGGAGCCCUCUUCAGAGAAGGAUGUCUGGUGGGGUCCUGUCAACAAGCCCAUGAGCCCUGACGUCUGGCGCAUCAACCGCGAGCGUGCAGUCGACUACCUCAACACCCGGAACCGUAUCUACGUUAUUGACGGCUUUGCUGGCUGGGAUGAGAGAUACCGUAUCAACGUCCGCGUUGUCUGCGCCCGUGCCUACCAUGCCCUGUUCAUGCGCAACAUGCUCAUCCGUCCUACCAAGGAGGAGCUCGAGCACUUCCACCCUGACUAUGUCAUCUACAACGCCGGUUCCUUCCCGGCUAACCGCUUCACCGAGGGUAUGACCUCGGCCACCUCCGUUGCUAUCAACUUUGCCGAGAAGGAGAUGGUCAUCCUGGGUACCGAGUAUGCCGGUGAAAUGAAGAAGGGUGUCUUCACCGUCCUCUUCUACGAGAUGCCCGUCAAGCACAACGUCCUGACCCUGCACUCCUCCGCCAACCAGGGCCCCGAUGGCGACGUCACCGUCUUCUUCGGUCUGUCCGGAACUGGUAAGACCACGCUGUCUGCCGACCCCAAGCGUGCUCUGAUCGGUGAUGACGAGCACUGCUGGACCGACAAGGGUGUCUUCAACAUCGAGGGUGGCUGCUACGCCAAGUGCAUUGGUCUGUCCGCUGAGAAGGAGCCCGACAUUUUCAACGCCAUCCGCUUCGGAUCCGUCCUGGAGAACGUUGUCUUCGACCCUACCACCCGUGUUGUCGACUACGACGAUGCCACCCUCACCGAGAACACCCGCUGCGCCUACCCCAUUGAGUACAUCCACAACGCCCUCAUCCCCUGCGUCAGCCAGAAGCACCCCUCCAACAUCAUCUUGCUUACCUGCGACGCCCGUGGUGUCCUGCCCCCGAUCUCCAAGCUCACCACUGAGCAGACCAUGUUCCACUUCAUCUCCGGAUACACCUCCAAGAUGGCUGGUACUGAGGAUGGUGUCACGGAGCCCCAGGCUACCUUCUCGUCUUGCUUCGCUCAGCCCUUCCUGGCUCUGCACCCCAUGCGCUACGCCCGCAUGCUGGCCGACAAGAUCUCCGAACACAAGGCUAACGCCUGGCUGCUCAACACCGGCUGGGUUGGCGCUGGCGCCACCACUGGCGGUAAGCGUUGCCCACUGAAGUACACUCGUGCCAUCCUCGAUGCCAUUCACAGCGGUGAGCUCGCCAAUGUUGAGUACGAAACCUACGAGGUCUUCAACCUGCACGUCCCCAAGAGCUGCCCCGGUGUUCCCAGCGAGCUGCUCAACCCCAAGAGGAGCUGGGUCGCCACCACCAGCUUCGAGGACGAGGUCAACAAGCUGGGCAAGCUGUUCAACGAGAACUUCAAGAAGUACGAGAGCGAGGCCACCAAGGAGGUGCUUGCCGCUGCUCCUGUCCUGAAGCAGUAA